UGCCGGGCCUCUGUCUGAGCACGGCCUGCCCCCAGCGAUAAGGACUCCAGCCUCCCAGCGUCCUGGGAGAGCCCAGUCACUUUGAGCUGUUCCAGUCCCUUUCUUCUUUGGAGAUUAAAUCUCCAUGCCCAGUGCUCCCUUCCAGCAUCAGGAGGAAAAGACAUGUGCUGAGCACAAGCCCUGAAGCGGGGGGCCUGGGAAGCUUUCCCCUGUCGCCCGCUCCCGCUCACCGGGUCAAGGCCUGGAAAGCAACCCUGCGUGCAUGGCCUCCCCGCCUGGCUGGGUGCGGGCAGCCUGUGUGCCUGCAGGGACUUCUGCCCAGCAGCGCUGUUUCCUCAUACCUGAGCCGCCCGGGCCGCACGCACCACUCCCGGCCUGAGCACACUAUUUAAGGCCGGCGCGCUAGAGCCUGCUGUGAGUCACGGCACCGGGAGGGCGGCAGCAGCUCCACGCACCCGGCUCCCUAAACGCGCGGGAAGGGGCGCUCCCCCGGCCAUGGCCUCCCUGGGGCAGACCAUCUUCUGGAGCAUUAUUAGCAUCAUCAUUGUUUUGGCUGGAGCCAUUGCACUUAUCAUCGGUUUUGGUAUCUCAGGGAGACACUCCAUUAGAGUCACUACUCUCACCUCCGCUGGGAACAUCGGGGAGGAUGGAAUCCUGAGCUGCAUUUUUGAACCUGACAUCAAACUUUCUGAUAUCGUGAUACAGUGGCUGAAGGAAGGUGUUAUGGGCUUGGUACAUGAGUUCAAAGAAGGCAAAGACGACCUGUCAGACCAAGACGAGAUGUUCAGAGGCAGGACGGCUGUGUUUGCGGAUCAAGUGAUAGGUGGCAAUGCCUCUCUGAGGCUGAAAAACGUGCAACUCACAGAUGCUGGCACCUAUAAAUGUUACAUCAUCACCUCCAAAGGCAAGGGGAAUGCUAACCUUGAGUAUAAAACUGGAGCCUUCAGCAUCCCAGAGGUGAACGUGGACUAUAAUGCCAGCUCAGAGAGCCUACGGUGUGAGGCUCCCCGAUGGUUCCCCCAGCCUACAGUGGUCUGGGCAUCCCAAGUUGACCAGGGAGCCAACUUCUCAGAAGUCUCCAAUACCAGCUUUGAGCUGAACUCUGAGAAUGUGACCAUGAAGGUUGUGUCCGUACUCUACAAUGUCACGAUCAACAACACGUACUCCUGUAUGAUUGAGAACAACAUUGCCAAAGCCACAGGGGAUAUCAAAGUGACAGACUCGGAGAUUAAAAGGCGGAGUCACCUGCAGCUGCUGAACUCAAAGGCCUCCCUGUGUGUCUCUUCUUUCUUUGCCAUCAUCUGGGGACUCCUGCCUCUCUCCCCUUACCUGAUGCUCAAAUAAGGUGCCUUGGCCACACGGAAACAUGCACAGUCACUGGUACGACAGAAGCCCAGGAAUCUGCAGAAGUAUUUCACCACAAGAUAUGACCUAGUUUUAUAUUUCUGGGGGGAAAUGAAAUUUGGAGUGAACAAAUAAGAUCAAGAAGCAAAAAAAAGCCAAAAGCAACCCACGGAAGACUCCAAGAUGAACAAGAUAAAUCUAUCUUCAAAGAUGUAUAUUUAAAGCUGGGAACAUAAUUCACCUGAACUGGAAAUGUGUUAAGACUGAGUAAAAUGCAUGUGGAGACAGGUGUAGCCAUACCUCAGGGACCUCCCCUUACCCCUGCCCAUCCAGGGAGUGAGAGGAAGGGAUACUGUAUCUCCCUCGUCUCUGAAUCUUUAUAUUGCUGUAAUGUUGCCCUAAAAUCCCAGAACGUUCUGACUGCAAUAGAUCCACAUCUUCUACUCUAUGAAUUAAACUGCAGUGGAUAUAAUAUGAAGCUGCCAAUUGGGUGUCCCUUCACAAUUCAGAGAUGGCUGAAUUUUAGUGAUGGGUCAAAUCACUUUUCAUUAGGAUGACCCAAGAGCGCCUUGGAAUCUCCUUCCACCUGACAAAUGCUAAAGAAGUGUGGAGAAGGUCAUAAAUGUAACACAAAAAUUAUGACACGGAUUUUCUAAAUUACCUGAGCCUCUUGUUUUUAAAACAAACAAAUGCCAUUACAUUUCCCAGAUGAUGUUCAUCCUGAACGGUCCGGGAAAGGACCUCUCACCAUCACUGUAUAGGGCACCGUAUCAUCACGAGGUGUCAGGCUUCUGCUUUGUAUCCUGCAUGGACGGCGAUGACCUCAACUCUCAACAGCAUCUAGAGCAUGCUCAGCUACUCAACGAUGGUGAUUUUUCACACCCAUCCCCACACACAGGGGACACCUGGAUAUGUCUGGAGACAACUGGAGGUGUUACAACUCAGGUGAGAGGGGAGGGUGCUACUGUCACGGAUAGAACUCAGGGAGGUUACUCAACAUCCUACAAUGUACAGGACGACCACCCACAACAAAGAAUUAUCUGGCCCAAAACGUCAGUCGUGCUGUCACAAGAAGCCCUGAUGCAGAGUAGACAAGGAUCUAGAAAAGAGGGGAGCCAACAAAGCUGUUUGCUUCCCACAAACAGGCCCUGUCCUCGGUCUCAGCACAGAGGUGUCAGCACAGACAGCCAGAGCUCAGUGUCAGGCAAUCAGGCAUUCCCGAUGGGGUUAUCUUCAGCUGGGUCCUUUCCCUCUGUCCUAGUGUACAAAUCAGGCUCUGUGAGAUCGGCCUGCACUCCAUCUCAAGUUAUCGUGCUCCAAAUUUGGAGUUCAGGACCUUGCCUGGUCACACUUCAAAUUAAGGCAACAAAAACAUGUACUUUCCUUGAAACACACAGAGACUUCUGAAAGCAGGGGCGAUGAACCUUUGAAGUGAGACCCUGAGGAAUGAAGCUCUGAUCGAAAAGAAUGUUCUGUUCACAACCCCCCUGCCCAUACUCUUCAUGUGUUGACCACUGGCCUCCCGGCACUUUGGACCCACCGUGACUGUAAUACAUUUUGUUAUAGAAAACUUGAUUUUUGGGUUCUGGCCAUUCAAGAGAAUGAUUAAAUAUGCAUUUCCUAUGCUGUUGUCUGUCUGGUCUGUCAAACAAAGCGAGCAUAAGGGAAGAUGGAUAAAAAGCCAGGGAUCAAGUUCUGAAGAUUAGAACGUAGCACAUAACAGGCCUUCAACAAGUGUUUGUUGAAUGAAAAGAUAAAUGAAUAGGAUGUGAGCACGGGCCAACUGGCUGGGACUAGUUACUUGAGGAAAGUCUAUAGGCUUUACCAGCCUGCCAUGUCUCUAUCAGGGAAAGGUUUCAGUGGCUUGAGGCAGAUCAGUUUGGGAGAAUACAUAAAGGUGGACAAACCCAUUGCUCUAGUGUCAAAAAAUCUGAUUUUUACUAUUCAGGAAGUAUCCAAUUCUAAAUCUUAGAGGUGGAGGACUUCAAAAUCGUCUUUCCUAAUCUCUUCACUUUUCAGAUGAAGACCCAGAGGCCCAGGGGGAAGUGUGGAUAAUUGGCUAUCGUCAGGUUGCGAGACUUGACAAAAACUGCACUGGUAGUUGUUAGAGGGUUAAAAUCUAUAGAAAAUUUAAUUGCCAAAGGACACAUUCUCAGGAAACUUUCAGAACGCUUCCCUGUUGUAUUUCUAGCUUGGUCCCAAUAGGCCUUCUGCAAGAGGAGACCAAUGCCGAAGCAAACUGAGAGAGCAAAUUGUGAAAGCAUAAACACUCCCAACCCAGGUUCGUUCUCUGGCCUUGUCCAUGAGCACACGGCAGAUGCGUCAGACAACAGAUGCAUCAUAUCCGCGAAAGCGCAAAGACCAGACUAUGAUACACAUCACAGACAUCUGGGGAAGCUCACAUUUAGAUGCCAAAGGUUAAAACAUGUCGGAAAUAUUAACACAUUUGACCGACCAAGUCAAACUUCAGUGGACGUACUGGCUCCCAGCUCUACCCAGGCUGUUUGAAGAUUUAAGCGCACGGUGGCCUCUGUACGUGCAUUGUUAAUUGGGGGAAGGGGUGUUCGUGGUUCACUACUGCAUAAUAAAACUUCUGCCCGAUGGCAUAUGCAGUGUGCUUUGGUUCUAUUGAUGAAAUAUAACUCACCAAUCUCCCCCCCGCUGAUGAAGUCUCUACCCAUCCAACUGGCUGC